AAUUUCAAUGAUUGUUUUGGUUAGGAUUUUGCAUCCAAACAGGACGCGAUUUUUCUUCGCAACUCAAUUCCGGAUUUUACCCGGAAAUCAAGCAUUCUCGUUCGAAAUGGCUCAUGGAUCCGGCAGCGAGGAACGUUUCGAUGACUUCUACACCGAGAUAAAAGAGAUCGAAAAGCGCGAUUCAGUGCUGACUUCCAAGCAGCAAAUCGAGAGAUUGCUCCGGCCCGGAGCAACUUAUUUCAAUUUGAAUCCUUUUGAGGUGCUCCAAUUGGACCCGGAGACGCCGAUCGAGCAGAUCAAAAAAAGAUAUCGAACACUGUCAAUUUUGGUUCAUCCGGAUAAGAAUCAAGACAAUUCGGAACGGGCCCAACAAGCUUUCGAAGUUGUCAACAAAGCUUGGAAGACGUUGGAAAACGAGGUAGCUAGAAAGCGAUGUCUGGAAGUUUACCAGGAGGCAAAAGAACGUACUGAUCAGAUGAUCUUGGAGAAGCGGAAAAAGCUACGUAAGGAAGGCAAACAUGAAGCUGUGCCCGAGGACGAUCCAGAUAAAUACAAACAUGCCGUUUAUGUAAUGGUAAUGAAGCUUUUUGCCGAUAUGGAACGUCGUCGGCAGCAGCAGGACUCCCGUGACCAAGAGGAGCGCAAACGAAAACGGGAGCAGGAAAUCGAAGAGGAAGAGGAUCGGAAAUAUCAACAGGAGUGGCAGAAAAACUUUGAGGAAUCUCGGCAGAAUCGGGUUAAUAGUUGGCAAAACUUCCAGGCCAGUGCCUCAACUUCAUCGAGCAAACCGAAAAAGUCGAAAAAACCUAAAUAUGCCUCCUUCAAUCCGCCCAAAAUCAAACCCGAAUCACGAUAAUCAAAUUCCAGAAUGUUUUUGGAAAAAAUCACAAUAUUUUUUUUCCUUUCAUUCCUUUCUGUUCUCCAACGAAUAUUUAGCUGUAAAGCAUCCUUAUUUUCCUGGAGCUGGACAUUUGUCGACAAAAACAAACAAGCUCUUAAAAAAACAUUCAAAUUUUAUUUCAUGCCUAUACACUAAACGCAGAUUUAUAGUGCUCUACAAUAGAUAUAACAAAAAAACGGCUACACGAGAAAUAGUUGAAAAACCGAUGCAUUUUUCUGUUCGCACUAAGAAAUUAGAAGUAGAAAAAAGAUGCUACGGAAAGAUUUUUACGGUUUUUAUUUACAUUAUUUCUUUGUCUUGUAACCCCUGCCAUCUUGGGUUAGAACAUAAAACCAACAGCAUACUUUAUUUCCGGGAAGUUGAUAUCGCGAAAAUAUGUGCAAACUACACAACUUUUAAACAUUGAUCGUAAGAUACAGUAGACUCGGACUGAACGAUCUAAACGUAGGGGAUGGAAUAGAACUUAACAAUAAAGAUAUACUACUGAAUAUUGUA